AUGGCGUGGGGAACUGCGGUUCCCUCCCAAACAACAAGCAUUCCCCAGUUGGGAGAAAAGCCGAAAAGAGUGAUUCUGGAACAAUGCAAGAGCCGAAAGGACCUUAAACAAAUCCACGCCCACCUCAUAAAAACGGGCCUCAUCCUAAAGCCCUCCAUCACCGAAAACCUCCUGGAAUCCGCCGCAAUCAUCAUUCCCAACGCCAUCGACUACGCCCUCUCAAUCUUCCACUCCACCCCUCACCCACACUCCUCUGCUUACAACGUCAUCAUCAGAGCCCUCACUCUUCACCACUCCCCUCGCCAAGCCCUUCUCUUCUUCCAACACAUGUCCAACAACCUCGUACCCCCCGACCCAUUCACCUUCUCCGCACUCUUCAAAGCCUGUUCCAAACUAACCUCGCUUUCCCAAGGCCAGCAGCUCCACGCUCACGCCGUCAAGCGCGGUUUCCUCUCCACCCCUUUCGUCCUUAACACCCUCCUCUACAUGUACGCCGCCUGUUCCUCCCUCGACCUCGCGCGCCGCGUCUUUGACCAAAUCGCCGUCAAAGACCGCUUUGCUUGGAACUCCAUGAUGGCUGGUUACGCCAAAAACGGUUACUGGGACGAGGUUGUUGAGUUGUUUGUUAGGAUGCGAGAACCGUGUGUUGACCGUGAUGACGUGGGGUUUGACGAGGUUACUCUGGUUACGGUUUUGACGGCGUGUGGUAGGUUGGCCAAUUUGGAGCUGGGAAAGUGGAUUGGGGAAUAUGUUGAAGCUAAUGGGUUAAAAGGGAACCUUACUUUGAUGACUUCGAUGAUUGACAUGUUUGCCAAGUGUGGUCAAGUUGAUAAGGCUAAGGUGUUGUUUGAUGAAUUGGAAUGUAGAGAUGUUGUUGCUUGGAGUGCUAUGAUAUCUGGGUAUAGUCAAGCGAAUAGGUGCAGUGAGGCUCUUGGUUUGUUUAGUGAGAUGCAAAGGGCUAAGGUGGAUCCUACUGAAGCUACGUUGGUUAGCGUGCUUUAUUGUUGUGGGGUUCUUGGAGCUGUGGAAAUGGGAAAAUGGGUUCAUUUUUUUGUGAAGAGGAAGAAGCUGAGGCUUACUGUUACUCUUGGGACUGCACUUAUUGAUUUCUAUGCUAAAUGUGGGUCUAUAGAGAGUGCGGUUGAGGUGUUUGAGAAAUUGCCGAUGAAAAAUGUGUAUUCUUGGACUGCGAUGAUUCACGGGCUUGCUAGUAAUGGACGGGGAGCAAGGGCUCUGGAGUUCUUUCGUUUGAUGAAGGAGGCGAACGUUGAACCGAAUGAUGUUACUUUUGUUGCUGCGCUUUCAGCUUGUAGUCAUGUGGGUUUGGUUGAGGAAGGACGGGCUCUUUUCCUCAGUAUGAGCAGGGAUUUUGGAAUUGAACCCGAGAUGCCGCACUAUGGUUGUAUGGUUGAUGUUCUUGGUCGAGCUGGGUUGAUCGAUGAAGCGCUUCAGUUUGUUAAGAACAUGCCUAUUGAGCCAAAUGUAGUGAUUUGGAGAACACUGUUGGGUUCUUGUAGGGCACAUAAGAAUGUUGUGGUUGGUGAAGAAUCAUUUAGACGGAUAAUUCAACUGGAGCCAGCUCACAGUGGAGACUACAUUUUACUUUCCAACAUUUAUGCCUUGGUGGGGAGAAACAAGGAUGCUUUGAGAGUGAGGUGUAAGAUGAGAGAAAUGGGGAUUAAGAAGUCACCUGGUUGUAGCUUGAUUGAAUUGGGAGGGGUGGUUCAUGAGUUCUUUUCUGAGGAUGAUGAGCAUUCUCACGCAGAAGAGAUAUAUAGAGCAACUGAAGAGAUGAUUAAGAGAAUUAAGUUAGCUGGGUAUGAACCAGACACUGCAGUGGCAAGAAUAGAUGCAGAGGAGGAAGAUAAAGUAAUUUCUGUAUCUCACCAUAGUGAGAAGCUGGCUAUUGCGUUUGGUCUUAUCAAAACUCAACCUGGGGUUACCAUUAGGAUAUCAAAAAACCUUAGAAUUUGUAUUGACUGCCACAACGCCACAAAGAUAAUAUCCAAGGUGUAUAAUAGAAAAAUUAUAGUUAGGGAUCGGAACCGUUUCCAUCAUUUCCAAGAGGGUUCGUGUUCCUGUAAUGAUUAUUGGUAA